AUGAGAUUGAUAAUUAUAGUUCUUUCGGCGAUCUUUUGCAAUAUCGUUUGUGGUGCGCCUGCUAUUCCACUAAAGCCAAGAGGUUUGCCUACUAAACCAAGUGAAGAUCCCUUUUAUAUAGCUCCUGAAGGAUUUGAAUCAAAAUCUCCUGGGGAUGUCCUAAAGCAUCGUGAAAUGAAUAACCUGUUUGGGAUUGUUGUUAUUCCUGAGAAGAUUAAGUCUGUACAUCAAUUUUUAGUUCGAUCGGAAGAUAGUUUCGGGGAACCUAUUGCUGCGGUGACUACUAUUUUUGAGCCAUACAAUGCUGAUCCAACCAAGUUAUUGUCCUACCAAGCUGCUGAGGAUGCUGCUAAUAUUGAUUGUUCGCCAUCAUACGCAAUGCAAUUAGGGGCAGAUGCUGAUACCAUUUUAACGGCACAAAUUGAACAACUUUUGGCUCAAGCUGGCUUAAAUGAAGGAUGGUAUGUUGUCAUUCCAGAUCACCAAGGUCCGAAAUCAACUUUUGUCGUAGGCGAAUCUGCCGGUCAUAUUGUUCUUGAUUCAAUUCGUGCAACCCUUCGCUCUGGCAAUAUAACUGGUAUCCAUGAAGAUGCUAAAGUUACCCUUUGGGGAUAUUCUGGUGGCUCAUUUGCUUCUGGAUGGGCUGCUCAAAUGCACCCAACGUAUGCAAGUGAACUCAAGAUUGUUGGUGCUGCUUAUGGUGGAAUUGUUGCUAACAUCUCUCAAGUUGCAGAAAAGAACUUUGGUGGACCCUUUACUGGUUUUGUCAUGGCAGCAAUAAAUGGCUUAGCAAAUGAAUACCCUAAGUUGGAUAAUCUUAUUAAUGAAAUAGGAUACAAAGACAAACUUGAUAAAUUUAGAAAGGCAACGCAGAUGUGUCUCAUUGAAGAACUUCCAUACUAUGCCUUUGACCAGGUAAGUGAAUACGUUGAUGGUGAUAAACAAUACCUUUUGAGUUUACCGAUCGUAAAGAAUAUUACAGAAAAAAAUACUAUGAUAGGUAGCAAAUACCUUCCUACUAUCCCAUUAUAUUUCUAUCAAGGUAAGGGGGACGAAAUUAUCCCUGCAUCUGGUACUGACGAGCUCCAUAACGAUUUUUGUGAAAGGGGUGUCGACAUUGAUUAUCAUGAGGACCUCUUGAGUGAGCAUAUUAUUCAAGCUGUUACAGGUGCUGGUGGUGCCUUUAAUUGGAUGAGAGAUAGACUUAAUGGUAAGCCACACACGCAAGGUUGUAAUAAAGAAAUCACAGCUUCGAACGCUAUUACACCUGAAGGAUUAUCGGGUCUCGGUGAUAUAUUUUCUGGUGCUAUAUUGACUUUAUUCCAAAAGCCUAUAGGCCCAUAUGAAGAUGUACUUUAG